AUGAGCAAUCGACAAUCCUUGUACCAUGCUUAUUGUCUGUUAACAUCUGCUAAAGACGUCGUAAAGGGAAGUGCAUCCAUUGGAUGUGCAUCACUGACAUCUUGGGCUGAAAGCUCUACUUUGACAAGACCUAUCUUGACUAAGAGCCGUCUAUUCUAUGACCCUGAAUGGGAAAAAGCACGAUUACUUUCCGACUCAAUAAGGUCCCAGCCCAAGAACAGAAGCAAAUCUAGCAAGAAAACCAACGUAAGGCACUAUUCAACGUAUAGAAGCGUAAGACUGAACUCUACAGAUGCGAAAAAAGUGGACCUUCCCAAGAGGGCAGAAAAAGAGCAAAAAGAUGCUCUUCAAAGCUCUGAGAUUCCAUCCUCAAGAAUCUCCCGUCUUUUCCAUUACGGCUCCCUUGCGGCCGGGGUUGGACUUUCUGCGGCAACAGACGGGUUCUCGCAGGCCGUACGCGGUCAAUCGCUUGAUUUCAAGUCACUGAUUCUCUCGGAUGCCAACAUAGACCGCAUCACUCAAAAAUUCUCCAAAAUGCGUGGAGCUGCGUUGAAGAUAGGACAAAUGAUGUCUUUUCAAGAUGAGCGAGUUCUGCCCAAGGAGCUGUACAUUAUUCUGUCUCGCGUUCAAAACGGAGCCCAUUACAUGCCUCAAAGACAGCUUGAUAGACUCAUGAAUCGCGAACUUGGUUUGUCCUGGAGAGAUAAAUUUGCCAAAUUCGACCCAAUACCCAUAGCCGCUGCGUCCAUUGGCCAGGUCCAUGAAGCAGUUCUACCGUCAGGCCAAGAAGUUGUGGUUAAAAUUCAAUAUCCGGGGGUAAAGGAUUCCAUCGAUUCAGAUCUCAAUAACGUGCUAAUGUUUCUGACUGCAUCUCGUUUGCUUCCCAAGGGACUCUUUUUGGACAAGACGGUGGAGAACGCAAGGACUGAGUUGAAAUGGGAAUGCGAUUACAAGAGAGAGGCGGCGGCUUUACAAAGAUUUGAAACUUUGCUGCAAGGGGAUCCAGUUCUCGUUACUCCCAAAGUUUUCGAAGAAUUGACGACCGAUAAUAUAAUCACGAUGACCAAAAUGCAAGGCACUGAGAUAAUGAAACUUCCUGAAAAUACGGCGCAGGAGACCAAAAAUUUCAUUUCAGAAGCGAUCAUGCGUUUAUGUCUGCGUGAAAUAGCGGAGUUCCAGUUUAUGCAAACUGAUCCUAACUGGGCCAAUUUCCUCUACAACCAAGGUGAUAACACAUUAGAGCUCUUGGACUUCGGUGCGUCGCGGGAGUUCCCACAUGAAUUUAUUCUUCAGUACCGGCGCAUGCUGACAGCAGGCAGCUUGAAAGACCGCGCGAAAGUCGCUCAGCUUUCUCAACAACUGGGCUAUUUAACGGGACUAGAGUCCAAAGCCAUGGUCGACGCACACGUUGAUUCCGUUCUCACUUUGGCCGAACCAUUUGUGGGCCCCACCGAUAAGUUAUUCGAUUUCUCCGAGCAAACCAUCACGGAUAGAAUCAGGGCCAACAUCAAUUUGAUGUUAAAGGAACGUCUGUGUCCACCGCCUGAGGAGACCUAUUCUUUGCAUAGAAAGUUCAGCGGAGUUUUUCUGUUGUGUGCAAGGAUGAAAGCUCAGAUCCCAAUGGCCAAGCUCUUCCAGGAGCAUUUUGCAUUGUAUGAUUGA